ACCAAUCAGCUCGGCUUCCAUCAAGAAGCGGCCGGGGAUCAGCCAAUCAGCAGUGUGCGAGCCGGCAGCAGUAGGCGACGCGCUGUUAUGUAGCGAGAGCUCCUGUUUGUGUCUCCCUGCGCUGCCCCGGAGCCGGCAAUCCUCGGUGGAUCCUCCCGCCGCCCCGGCAUGGAAACCUUCUGCAGUUAUGACGGCAGCGAGCGCUUCUGGGAUGCAAAUGUUACCUGGUAUACAGAGAACCCAGACUUCACCAAGUGCUUCCAGAAUACGGUCCUAGUAUGGAUUCCAUGCAUCUACCUCUGGCUCUGCUUCCCUUUCUAUUUUUUAUACCUCCAGCGCAAUGACCAGGGCUACAUCCGAAUGUCACAUCUCAAUAAGGCCAAAACUGCUAUUGGGCUCCUGUUAUGGCUGGUCUGCUGGGCAGAUCUAUUCUACUCCUUCUGGGAAAGGAGUCAAAGUAUUUAUCGAGCCCCAGUUUAUGUUGUAAGCCCCACUGUGCUGGGUAUAACUAUGCUGCUAGCUACUUUUUUAAUUCAAUAUGAGCGGAUAAAAGGAGAGCAGUCUUCAGGUGUAUUGAUAAACUUCUGGAUUAUAGCUCUGCUGUGUGCCAUACUUAUAUUCAGGUCCAAAGUUCUCCAUGCCUUAAAACCGGAUGCCAGUAUAGAUGUAUUCCGGGAUGUCACAUUCUACAUGUACUUUCUGUUGGUAUUGGUGGAGCUGGUAUUGGCUGCCUUCCCUGACCACCCUCCUCUUUUCUCAGAAAGAGUCAAUGAUCCUAAUCCGUGUCCAGAAUCAAGUGCUUCUUUUCUGUCUAAAAUUACUUUCUGGUGGAUAAGCAGUAUGAUGGUACAGGGAUACAAGCGCCCCCUGGAAGCCAAGGAUUUAUGGUCUUUAAACAAAGAAGACACCUCUACAGAAGUUGUACCCGUCCUGGCCAAAAACUGGGAAAAAGAAUACCUGAAAGCUAAAAAACUGCCUUUGAAAAUGGUGUAUUCCCCUAAGAAACAGACCAAACAGCCUGAGCCAGGAGAUGAAACUGUAGAGGAGGCUGAAGCUCUAAUUGUGAAGCCGACUACAAAAGACGCGGAAUCAUCAUUGUUUAAAGCUUUAUAUAAAACCUUUGGCCCUUACUUUUUCAUGAGCUGCUUCUUCAAAUUCAUUCAUGACCUAUUGAUGUUUACUGGACCAGGAUUAUUAAAAUUGCUUAUUCAGUUUGUGGGUGAUAAAAAUGCUCCGGACUGGCAUGGAUAUCUGUACACAGGGUUGUUGUUCGUCUGCGCCUGCCUUCAGACUCUCAUCUUACACAAAUAUUUUCAUAUCUGCUUUGUUACGGGAAUGAGACUUAAAACGGCCAUAAUUGGUCUUGUCUAUCGCAAAGCUCUAGUGAUCAGUAAUGCAGCACGUCGCACAUCUACUAUUGGUGAAAUUGUUAACUUGAUGUCUGUAGAUGCACAAAGGUUUAUGGAUCUGGCAACCUACAUAAACAUGAUUUGGUCUGCUCCUCUUCAAGUUAUAUUGGCUCUGUAUUUACUGUGGCAAAACCUUGGUCCCUCUGUGCUAGCAGGAGUUGCAGUCAUGAUUCUUUUGGUGCCUGUAAAUGCUGUAAUUGCAAUGAAGACAAAAAAAUAUCAGGUGGUUCAGAUGAAGUGCAAAGACAACAGAAUUAAACUUAUGAAUGAAAUACUAAAUGGCAUCAAAGUACUAAAGCUGUACGCAUGGGAACUAGCAUUUAAGGAGAAGGUUCUAGGAAUCAGACAAGAGGAGCUGAAAGUACUAAAAAAGUCUGCCUACCUGUCUGCUGUAGGGACAUUCACCUGGGUCUGUGCACCUUUCCUGGUUGCUCUGUCGACUUUUUCUGUUUAUGUUCUUGUUGGCAAAAACGAUGUUCUAGACGCUGAAAAGGCUUUUGUGUCUUUGGCUUUAUUUAAUAUCCUCAGAUUCCCAUUAAACAUGCUGCCUAUGGUUAUCAGCAGCAUGGUUCAGGCAAGCGUAUCAUUGAAGCGUCUCAGAGUAUUCCUUUCUCAUGAGGAGCUUGAACCAGAGAGCAUCAUAAGAGAGCCUCAUAGAAGUUCCGACGGCUGUAUCAACAUGAGGGGUGCUACCUUCUCCUGGUCAAAGAAUGACCCUCCAACACUAAAAGAGAUAAAUGCUACCUUCCCGGAUGGCUCUCUGAUUGCAGUGGUUGGCCAGGUGGGCUGUGGAAAGUCAUCUUUGCUGUCUGCACUGUUGGGCGAAAUGGAGAAGAAGGAAGGUUUUGUAUCGGUGAAGGGUGGCAUAGCAUAUGUUCCUCAACAAGCUUGGAUCCAGAAUGCCUCUCUUAAAGACAACAUCAUGUUUGGCAGAGAACGCAAGGAGCCAUUUUACAAGAAAGUUCUUGAAGCCUGUGCUCUGCUUCCUGACUUGGAGAUUUUACCUUCAGGAGACAGAACAGAAAUUGGAGAAAAGGGUGUGAAUUUAUCUGGAGGUCAGAAACAGAGGGUGAGCCUUGCCCGGGCAGUCUAUUGCAAUUCUGAUGUAUAUUUACUUGAUGAUCCCUUAUCUGCUGUGGAUGCACAUGUUGGAAAACACAUAUUUGACAAAGUUAUUGGCCCCAAAGGACUUCUUAAAGAUAAGACCCGAAUACUGGUUACUCAUGGAGUGAGUUACUUGCCCCAAAUGGACUCCAUUAUUGUGAUGGUGGAUGGAAAAAUCACAGAAGUCGGAUCUUACCAGGAACUCUUAAAGCAGGAUGGUGCAUUUGCUGAAUUCCUACGUACAUAUGCCAAUGCUGAGCAGAAUGAUGGACAAGACCACACUGAAGUGGAUGAAGAGGAAGAAGUACCAAGCCCUUCUGAAGAGAAACACAUGGAAAAUGGCGUAUUGGUCAGUGAAAGCAAUGAGAAAAGUUUACAUCGGCAGCUGAGUGCAUCCUCUGAGACAAAGUCUGCACACCAGAACAGCACAGCUGACCUCCAGAAAUCAGGGGCAGAAAAGGAGGACUGGAAAUUGACUGAAGUUGACAAGGCUAAAACAGGCACAGUUAAACUGGCAGUGUUUUGGGAAUACAUGAAAGCCAUCGGUCUUCUCCUGUCUUUUCUGAGUGUCAUUCUGUUCCUGUGCAAUCACGUGUCUUCCUUGGCCUCCAACUACUGGCUCAGUUUGUGGACUGAUGAUAUCGUGGUGAACGGCACUCAGCAGCACACCAAAAUGAGACUAAGUGUCUACGGAGCGCUGGGCAUGUCACAAGGCAUUGCUGUUUUUGGAUACUCAACCACUGUUUCAUUAGGGGGUGUCCUUGCUUCCCGCUAUCUCCAUGUGGAUUUACUACACAAUGUCCUCCGGUUUCCCAUGAGUUUCUUUGAGAGGACUCCAAGCGGAAAUCUUGUAAACCGUUUCUCCAAGGAGAUAGACACCAUUGACUCUAUGAUUCCACAAAUUAUUAAGAUGUUCAUGGGAUCGCUGUUUAAUGUUAUUGGAGCGUGCGUAAUAAUUCUCAUUGCAACACCAAUAGUUGCUGUCAUGAUUCCACCAUUGGGUCUGCUUUACUUCUUUGUACAGAGAUUUUAUGUGGCAACGUCACGGCAGCUGAAGAGAUUAGAGUCUGUCAGUCGGUCUCCAGUAUAUUCCCACUUCAGUGAGACUCUAUUGGGAGCUAGUGUUAUUCGAGCAUUUGGUGAGCAGAAACAAUUCAUCCAGAUUAGUGACUUCAGAGUGGAUGAGAAUCAGAGAGCAUAUUACCCCAGUAUUGUCUCCAACAGGUGGUUGGCAGUAAGGCUGGAAUUUGUCGGAAAUGGAAUAGUCCUCUUUGCCUCCCUGUUUGCUGUGAUAUCUAGGUAUACACUCAGUCCUGGUUUGGUUGGGCUCUCCAUUUCCUAUGCUUUACAGGUGACAACGUACCUGAACUGGUUGGUACGAAUGUCCUCAGAACUGGAGACUAAUAUUGUGGCAGUGGAGAGAGUGAAAGAAUAUGCAGAUCUGGAGCAGGAGGCUCCAUGGACUCUGCAGCAGACAACACCAGAGAAUAACUGGCCCCAUGAAGGAAAAAUUGAGUUUAGAAAUUUCUGCUUGCGUUACAGGGAAGAUUUAGACCUGGCCUUAAAAAACAUUAAUGUUACUGUGCACGGAGGAGAAAAGAUUGGGAUUGUUGGCAGAACUGGUGCUGGGAAGUCGUCUCUUACACUUGGACUAUUUCGUAUCAAUGAGGCUGCUUCUGGAGAAAUCAUUAUAGAUGGCUGCAAUAUAGCAAAGAUUGGAUUACACGAUCUGAGAUUUAAGAUCACAAUCAUUCCACAGGAUCCAGUGUUGUUUUCAGGAUCCCUUAGAAUGAAUCUUGACCCUUUUGAAAAGUAUUCAGAUGAGGAAGUCUGGACGUCCCUGGAGCUUGCACAUCUUAAGAAUUUUGUUUCAGGUCUUCCUGACAAGCUUAACCAUGAGUGUGCAGAGGGAGGAGAAAAUCUCAGCAUUGGUCAACGUCAACUGGUAUGUCUGGCAAGAGCACUUCUUCGGAAGACAAAAAUCCUUGUGCUGGAUGAAGCCACAGCUGCUGUGGACCUGGAGACUGAUGGACUCAUUCAGUCGACCAUCAGAAAAGAAUUUGAAGAUUGUACUGUAAUAACUAUUGCUCAUAGACUCAACACAAUUAUGGACUAUACAAGGGUGAUAGUUCUUGACAAAGGCCAAAUUGUCGAGUUUGACUCUCCAAGCAACCUUCUUCAGAAAAAAGGGAUUUUCUACAGCAUGGCCAAAGAUUCUGGAUUGGUUUGAUUGUGGAUGGACGUGCGCUACUGCAUUGACCUCUGAAGAUGCUGUCCUGACAAGACUGCUUUUUGACUAGAUGUAAUGCUUGACUGUUACUGAACCACAGUUUUCAGCAGUUAUACACAAAAAGAUUGUAGACAUUGAAUGCAUUUUCUUUUUUCUAACUUGUAUACUUUUUUUUCUUUUGACUGGAAUUUUUGUAGCGCCUUCAUAUAGUCAUGGCCAUCUACACUUAGCUACUUCAUAAAACUCCUACUAUAUAUGGUAUAUUUUUCUGCUAGUAAAGUCAUGGCAUGCAGUAGUAAGAACUACUAGGUUACUCUAACUUGUUAAUGUAUAACCCAAAGCCAAAUAUUUCUGCUAAAGCCCAGCACCAUUUUAGUGGUUAAAGGCAGAACCUAUGAUUUUUGUUGGCCAAGCCUAUUUGUAGUCAACCUGACUCUGAAUCAUUCAAUUGUUCUAUUUUUUUAUUUACCUAAGUGAGGGGUACAGAUUUUGUCUAAACCUGGCUUCCAAAUUUUUUUGUUGAGGAGAAAAUUAACACUAAUUUAAUAAAAAAAAAACUAAAGGGAUAGCUGAAUAAAUAGUAUUGUAAUACUGCCCCCCAAACUAUACUUAACAGACAUGUGAUGACUAUUUUUGGUCCUUUAUACAAAAAUUCACCUUAUAUAAAUAAAUACAAUCUUCUUUAAAAUGUGUAAUACAUUGCAUUACUUGUACUAACAAUGAGUUGUAAUCUGUAAUAUAAUCCAGGGCUACUCGCACAAUUCUGUUGGGUACUUUUAAAAACUGCAAAAAAACAAAAAAAAAAAUUGCCCCCCCCCCCCCCCCCCCAAACAGAUUUUCUAAGCUCUGGGCAGUGGAUAUUUUAGACAUAAGUUUUUUUGCAGUGCCUGUUGGUAGGAUGUUUUAAAGCCCAAUACAUGUCAGCCUCCCUGCUUUUUACCAAUGGCAGAUGUCAGGGAAGAAAAGGAUUGGGCAGCUGGCUUUAAACAUGCCUGAUCUUUUUGUUUUGAAGGGAAAUAAGCCACUGUUAGAGAGAUCUAGCAGAUGCUUACCUCUCAACACAUGCAUGCUCAGCCAAUUGUGUAUGUGUUAGGGGAAAUCGGGAAAAAUAGCCUGCAAUGAGAUUUUAGCUCUGAAGAUAGCAGAGUUAUUGAAAGCUUUGGAUAAGUUGUAAUUUGGGGUCAAUAAAUGACAAGGAAUGCAAUGUAUUAACAUUUUAAACAGUAGAUUGAUCCAUAACUGAGGCUCGUAUUCUUACAUGUUAGGCCUUAAAUAUAAAUAUGUUAUGUUCUCGAAAGCACUUGUCUGUUAAUGCCAAUGGCAGAAUAUUGCACACAUGUGAUAGAAGCAUGAUGCUUUAGUUUACGUUUCUAGUGUGCAGUCAUUUGGUAACCUUUCCAGGUUUUCAGUGAGAACUCUGCAAUGCCUUUCACACAAAGUCUCAGGAAAAGAAAUUAGAAAGAAUAAGUUGUGUACAAAUUAGUUUUCAUGUUUAUUUAUCACACAGCUGUAAAAACUAUAUAUUUUAAUUCAGGUGCAUGUAUAAACAGAAAUAUUUUUUUUUUAUGGUAACUGCUAAGAUUUUCUAUUUAGUAAUUCUAAAAAAAGCCGAUAUUUUGUGCUUAGAUUCUUUAAGCACUAUUAGAAAUAGUUUAUAAAAAUAUUGUUUUGGGUGUUUUUCUGUAUCAUUAUGUACCAUUUGUAUAUGGACACGGUGGUAGUCAUUUAAUGAACAAAGAUUCAGCCUAGCACUUCCUCAGAAAUCUGGAACAUUUCAUUUUAUAACCUCAGAUUUCUGUCCAAUUGAUAGGAUAGAGCCCAUAAAAUGACUGCUUCCCAUGUGUCAGUCUAAAGCACUUACUAUUAGUCGAGCCAGCGAAGGCUAAUACCCUCUUGCCUAGAUUUCUUGCAUAUUUUCUCUGUCUUGUAAACCUAUGUUGUAUUUUUCUUUUAAGUUAUAACUCUGUAAUGUAAUGCAUUUGAGGUUUUAGGACUUGGGUCUCCAACACCUCCAUAUUUUAAGUUAUUAUCUUUUGGUCAGUUUAAUAUAAUACACUAGUAAUUUUUUGUGCCAUGCUGAUUUUCAGAUUUUUACCAAUGUGUCUGGGUUAAAAUUGACAAACUGAUAAAUGUAGAUAGCGUUGGACACUCCCAGCAACAUCAUGUCAGACUAUAAAGGUGUGCUUUUUUUGUUUUCUCUCUCUCUCUAAAACUGACUCUCGGAGGUUCUUCCCUUUUUGCUACCAAGUAGCAUUGCACUUUUAUACUGCAAUAUAUAAAUAUAUAUAUUUAUAUUUUCAAAAGUACAGUAUUUCAAGACACCAGCAUACUCUGUACUAUAUAGAGCACUUUUUGGUUCACUAAUCGGUAGAUAUUACAGCUUGAUUUUUUUUUAAAAUGAUACAAGGGACUUUGUUGCAAAAAGUAUGUAGCAAUGCCUUUAUGGUAUAACUAUGGACUACACACAAUGGAGGCAGCCAUUUUGGCAGCUGAACCAAUCUUGAUCAACAUUAAAGCCCAGAGCGGACAUAAAAAGGGGUUUCACCUCUUUUAAUUUGUCAGUCACAUGUCUAGAAGACCCCGUUCUUCUAUACAUGUGACUGUGAAUCUUUUAUGUUGUCCUGGUGCUGAUUUUCAGAAAGGAUGUGGCCUUUUUGCUUGUAGGCUCUAAGGAAAAGAAUGCUCUUCAAAAGUCAGAUGAGUGGAGUCUGGCAGCUGUACUAUUACUGUACUGUACGAUUUGAACUACGGUUCCCGUAUACGGCUGUGGUCGACCACGUUUUUGCCUGCGGUCGGGAAACUGAUACAGCCAAAAAGCAGCCGACCAGAGGCUGCGGUUCACUCCGGUCGGCUCAUAGACAUACAUUAACUACGGUUCCCGAAUACGGCUGAGUGCGGGUGCAGCGAUUAAGCUCCGCCCACCCCUCCUCCCAGCUGUAUACGGGAACCGUUGUUCAAAUCGUAGUGUGAACCCAGCCUAAUAUGGACAUCCCCCUCAGCUGAUAACUUUGUCAGAAUUGGUCCAGCUUCCAAAAUGUCUCGCCGCAUUCUGCCAGAAGGUCACACAAGUGUAUGUAAUCUAGCAGUUCUGGGUAUGGUUCAAGUCACGUGUAUAACUGUAAUAGGAGCUUCAUUACAAUUAUAAGUUAAAUCAAGACAUGAAAAAGAUAAAUUCUAAAAUGGAUUAUUGAAAGGCAAACUAAAUGCAAUAUUCCAUAUGUAUAUGCUGAUGUAGCUUAACCUUGUGCUGUUAAUGCUGACCAUCAUUGUUAUAAUUUCUAUUAAUAUGAAACCUGUUUAUUCCCUUGGGACGGGCACAACCUUGGAGCUGGGAAUUGUAAAUCUUUCAGCAGGAAUUUGUUCCUUGGGAAGUAAAUACCUUUUGAAGUAUUGAUGUCCUUAAUAAUGAAAAGUCUUUUGUAAACAUAGCAUCCAUUUAUAUCUUUAGUUAUGAAGUUUAACGGUUUCUGCUUUGUCCAUCUGUGGAUCUGUUCAAUAUUGUAGUAUAUCUAAAAGGGUAUUCCCAACAUGAAGUUACCUCCUGCCCACAGUAUAGGGGAUAACAAUCUGAUCAGUGGAGGUCCGACAACCAAGACUCACACUGACUCUGAGAAAGAAGGUUUAUUAUCCCUCAAUAGAAUGGAGCAGUGGUCCAUUUCUUCUUUAUAGAGCUUCCAAAAUUGCCGAAUUUGUCAUUUGGCAAUGUCUGGAAGCCCAAUAGAAAAUAAAUAGAGCUCUGUUCUGCAGCUAAAUUUAUUCAGGUGACAGUUACCUCUGUUUGCAGGAUUGGUGGGGGUUUCAACUAUUAGGGGAUAACUAGCUGAUUGGUGGGAGUUCUACAACUGACACAUCCACCAAUCACAAAAGUAGAGGUGAAAUGUCCUGUACAUGCAUUUCCAGCACUUUAGUCAUUCUUUAUGGGACUUACAAACAUUGCCAAGUUGAAGAACUUCUUUAAAGAUGAUUUCUGGAAGUUUUUCAUUGCUUGACUAUCCUUAGACUCACCUCAAUCAGAUACUGAUGGCCUAUCCUGACACCUGGCACCCUGCCAAUUAUCAGUUUGCUAGAGCCUCAGCACCCAUGUACAAAGUGAAGAGCCAGAAGCAGACAGCUCCAUACAUUGUGUAGAAGUCAUCAGCUUCUAUUCAUAUACAUAGGGGCUGAGCCCCAGUAACGCAGCAUGGCCACUACACAAUGUAAGGAUUUGUCUGCUUCUGCCUCUGUUCACUGUGUAUAUUGUCACCAUGUCUCUUGAAGCCAAAACCAGGGUUGUAUCCACCACAAAGGAAAACAUGUAAUACCAGAGAUAAAGUUUAUAUUUUUUUUAACGCCAAGUAAAUGGGACUGGGCUGCAGUUUAUUUUUAAGGCAUAGACAAUGCUUUAGUUAAAUGGAUAGUUUUUUUUCAUUGAUCACACAGAGAUUCCUAGAUUGCCUUUUUUUCCAAAGCACUUUUAGAAAGCUCCUGGACUAUAUCCAGUUCUGGAUUUUUCCUACACUUGUGGCAAGUUCAUUACUUGUAAAAUGUUGCUUAAAAAUAAAUGCUUUAAUAAUAAAGAAAACAAAAACUAUAUGGUGCUACCUAAUCAUACAUUAGCAGGCAGUUAUUUGAAUGUUCGUUGUGUCUGAUCAUUACCGCAGGCUCAACAUACUCAUGACAACACUCUGUAGCAUUGGAAGCAUUAUACGACUUUCCAGCUGCUGCAGAACUACAUACCCCAGCAUUCCCUGUCAGCCUUUUUACAGACAUUUAAAGGCUGGCAGGAAAUAAUUCAAGUAGUACAAGGCUUUUUAUAUAACACAAAUAGUUUAAGAUACAAAUUGUUGUACGUGAGAUCUAUAUAUUUGCUUUUGCUCAAUAGGUCAGACAUGGCAGAAUGUUUAAACCAGGCCAGUUGUUUUUCAGCUGUGGCAUCCAUUUUCAGUUUUGACAUAAAGAUGGCAUAUAUUACCUCGGUUAGAGACAAAUCUAUUCUUGGGUUACAACUAUUUAUUUUUUGGUAAGUUAUAAUCUUUAAUUUUACAGAAUGCUAUUCUUUUGCAAAUGUUUUUGUAACAUUUACGAUUUCUAAAGAACUUAAUACAGAGAAAUGUUGUUCUGCUUGUCUUUAUAUGUGUAUUCUUGAGAAGACAAUGUGUGUUUUGUUGUAAGAACAUGUUGUGAAUUGGCUUGGAGACAAAUACAUGUACU